GCGGCCCCUCCGUCCGGCCCGGGCCCGGGGCGCGGGGCGCGGGGCGCAUCGGCCGGGGCCGCGCUAACUUUUCCGGGCGGAAGAGGAGGAGAAACGGGCUUGGACCGCGGCGUGGGUGGGAGGAUGCCGAGCUGCAGCCGGGGCCCCGCGCGCGGCGCCGGCGGGGCGGCCAGCUAGGGCCGUCGGGGAGCGGCCCAUGUCCGACGCCGGCGAAGCCCUGGGUCCGGGGCCCCGUCCGGGGGCCGAAGCUGGCGCCCCGGCCCAGGGUAAAUGUGAAAAAGAAAAUACGGAGAGAGAUAUAACUCAUGCCACGAAUAACUGCUUCACACACGGAGAGAUGCAAGACCAGUUCAUGUGGGGAAAUUGUUCAGAGGACGAACUCAUCAGAACCCAACCUCAGCGCUUGCCUCAGCUUCAAACUUCAGCACAAGAACCCAGUGAGGAGGACAUAGACCAGACAAAGAACUGCCACAGAAGUCUGAUCAGUGGAAAUGGAAUUCACCAUGGAGCCAAACACGUGUCUGUGGAUAAUCGAAGACUUUCAGCACCUGUUUCUCAAAAAGUGCAUAGAAAAAUUCAGUCCAGCUUGUCUGUAAAUAGUGAUAUCAAUAAGAAGAGUAAAGUAAAUGCAGUCUUUUCCCAAAAGCCAGGCUCCUCACCUGAAGACUGCUGCGUCCACUGCAUCCUGGCCUGCUUGUUCUGCGAGUUCCUGACCCUCUGCAACAUCGUCCUGGGACAGGCCUCCUGUGGCGCCUGCGCCUCGGAAGCCUGCUGCUGCUGCUGCGGGGACGACGCGGGCGACGACUGCCGCUGCCCCUGCGACAUGGACUGCGGCAUCAUGGACGCCUGCUGCGAGUCCUCGGACUGUUUGGAGAUCUGCAUGGAGUGCUGCGGCAUUUGUUUUCCUUCGUAAACAUUUCUCUUCCCUUCGUGCUAAAACUGGAGAGUGUUUUAAAGUUUCCUUUUAAGGAAGGAAAAAAAGCACACGGUAGGAUUUCAUGAAACAAGCAACCUGGUAUUUGCACUGUUGACUCAUGUUAGUCACCUCUGAAAGCCUUUUGUCCCCUCUCACCAGAUCUACAUGGUUUAAUAUGGGACAUGUUAACUACUUUUAAACUCUUUCAUAGGACUCAAUGACUAAGGGACAUUUUGACCAAAAAAAUAAAACAAAACAAGCCAAAAACCAACAAAAACAACUAAAUAAUUCCUCCUUUUCGUACAUAUUUCUAUUUCUUUUACUCGUUUUCAGAAGGCUUUUGCUCCAAAUGUGUUAUUUCUCCAUGGAUAUUCAAAGCAGACUAAUUUUAUUGGGGCAUCUAUUCAUGGUUAACAAUAGACAUUUUUACUUUAAAGUAAACUUGGGGAAACAAAUCUAUAUAGUAGUUGGGCGCCCCAAGUUCAUCUUUAUGCUCUGUUCUCCACUUUCUGCAUUUGCUCAGCAGACAUUGAGUGCCUACUGUGUGUCAUCUGUGAGAUGCAGAGAUGGCUGCCACUCAGUUUCUACCCAUGAGAAGAGAGUUUAGUGGAGGAAAGAGACCUGUAAAAAUGAACCACAAGGCAUACUAUGGGGAUUAUGAGAGAGAGAAACUCAAAAGGAUAUGGGAACGCAAUAUACAGAAAAGAACAACUAAUAUCUGCUGAAAUGUUCAGAAAGUUCAAGGAGAAUGUGACAUUUGAGGAAGCCUCUUUGAAUGAGUGAUUAUCUGCUGCUGGGAUGAAUUAUUUGAACUUAGGGCAAAGUUUAGGUGAAUAGCCUGCACUGUGUAUUUUUAAGCAGUUAAAGAAUAAAAACCUUAAGUAUGGAUUUUCUUUAGUUGUAAAACCUAUAACUUAAAAAAAAACACACAACACUAUAAACUUUAACUAAAAUAUACAUUUUUUUACAUUAAUGUAAAAGUUAUGAUAAAGUUUUGGGUAAAAACAGAAGGCCUUAUUUAUAAUCCAUAUUUUCUAAAGAAUGUGAAAUGCUUUUUGACAAAUUGCAUUUAAAUUAGGAGAUUUUUAAUAUUAAACUCCCGGUAUUUUUGUUUUAAUUUAUUCAAAAGCCUUUUUUUUUUUAACUUGAGAAUUGUGUUGUUUUCUAAGGGGGCUCAUGGGUUGGUUUGUCUUUGGUUUGUUUCUUAAGCAGUGUUGUAUGUUAUAAACAGCCAGCCACUCUUCCAAUGCAGUGGGAGUCUCAACAUCCACUACCUGACCAAUUUCAGUAUUGCGAUUUUAUGUAAAAUUAAACUAACAAGGCAGGUUAGGAAACCUUGUAUACCGAAAUAAGUCAAUUACAAGACUGAGGAUAUUGCUAUUGAGAUGGACACUGUGUUGGGCAGAUAAAAGGAGGAGGAAGUGUUCACAUCACGUGGUCUCCUGCAUUUGAUCUUCCUGAAGUUGUAGUUUGGUUUGAUGUAAUGUCAUUUCUUGAAGAAAUUUUGAAAAUAUACUUUGGAUUAAUAGUUAUUUUUAAUUUUUCUGGUUGAAUAUCAAAUUAAGAGUAAAAACAAGUGCAUAUUUUUAGGAAGCUUUUAAGCAAACCUAGUCUUUUAAGAGAAAUUUUAAAUCUAAACCAUGGCAAUGCUACCUAUGGUUUUUUCUUUGAGAUGAAACCUAGAUUCUACUUAUAACUUUACCUAAAGUGCUUAAAAAGUAGUUACCUCCCUCGUUUACACACAUACACUCAUAACUUUAAAGAGUCUGGUUUGAAUAGAAUUCUAGUAAACAUCUGUCUCUCCCUUGACUUUCUCUUCCUUGUGUUUUAGUUGUUACGUCAAAUAUAAGAACGUCAUAGUAACCAGAAUCUGAAUAUUUGCAUGUACCCAGAGUUACCUUAGGCAUAUACCAUAUUAGGAUGUGUGUCAUCUGUGUAUUGUCCUAUUAAAGCCUUCUAAUGUUCUAAAAUUAUUAAAAUAUUUCACUUUUUAUCCUGCAGAAUUUCUCAACCAAGUGGUUAGUCUAAUACUUAACUAUAUUCUGCUACUAUUUGCAGUAAAAACAUUAGCACUUUUAAAAUAAUGUUUCUCUGUAACAGAGAACACUAAUGGAAUAUUUUGGUUUUUUCAUAUUUGUACCCCUAGCGCUUUUCCUCUGUUGUGUGCUUUGCAGUCAUUCCAUAAAGCACCUGGUGUUACUAGGGAGAUUAGUGGGCCAGACUCCCCUGUCAUUCGUAGGAGUGAGUUCUUGGGGUUCCUCUGCAACGAGCGUUUUCAGGAGUCCCCACAGAAGACAGAGAUGUGGGAAAAGGCUCUACUUGCGGGGAGUUACAUUCCUUGGGCUCCAAAGUCCCUAUGUCCCUUCUGCCAGUCCUGAGAAAGGUGCCUCUGGGGUCUUAUUAGAGCCAAGAAAGUCCGUGUUGCAGCUGGUUCCGGCAGAGCAUCAGGCUGGUUAGAGUCCGUUAGGCCAUGGAGAGCUGCAUGGCCGUGGACCACGUGGGUGAGUGCAGGGAAAGGGCCCUCUGCACAGGGGCCAGGCACAGACAGCAGGCAAGGGGGCCACACAAGGAAACUCCCUUGUCUAGGAGUGUUACUGUUCAGGUCUCACACUUUUGCUGUGGUCAUGCCUGUGCUGGCCACUGACUGUCUUCCAGGUGUGACUGACAGCUGAGCACCCAGACCUCCCAGACCUUGCUGGGCAUGCGUCCAAACUGCCUCUGUUCAGUCCCUUCCCCCUUUGAUCAUCCGGGAACAGACUUGGAGAGUGUUAAAAGACAGCUUCCUAGCAAAGCCGAACUCGUCUCAAUGGCAUGCCUAUAUCAUCUAGUCUUCCCUUAACUCCUACCCUGUUAAAUAAUUAUAAUGCUAUCACUUGUAUUACUUUUUAAAAAAUAAAUGGGGAACAAAUCAAAGUAGGCAAUUGUGAAAAUAAUUUCAAGGUGUUUUAGAAUUUCUGUAUGUAACAUGUUUUUGUUGAAUUAUAUGGCCGUUGUGACUAAGUGAUACAGUUUACAGUUAUAGACUCGGUUUCUUUUUAAAUGUGGAAACAAUCUCAUUUUUAAACUUGAUCUGUAUUAUCAUGAAUACAUUACCUUGAAAUAAAAAUAGGACCUCUUUCUUGUGCUU